UAUGUCCAAUUAUAUUUGGGUAAAAUAAAUAUGUAUUUAAAACAAUUACCUUUAAACGUAAGUACCUAAUUAAAACUGACGCCGUCUAUGUCCUUGAAAUAAACAAUUUAAUUAAUUUACAUUUUUGCACAUUUCGCCAAAUUGACGUUCAAUCGACCAAUCAAAUCAGUUUAUUUUGACGUUUCUAAUUGUGUCACUUGAUCCAUAGAAAAACCAUAGAUAAACAUUACAAAUUUAAUAAUUGUGUGUUGUAAAAGUGGUCUAAAAUAUUGUUUCUUACAUGCAAUUGCUUUUAAUAAAUCAUGGACAACUUAAGAAUAUACACUGCUACAUAUAAUGUAGGAACUGAAACACCUUUUGGUGUGAGUUUGCUGGACCUGCUGUCUUUAGAAGAAGACGGGGAAAAUGAAAAACUACCGGAUCUCUACAUUCUCAGUUUUCAAGAGGUUAAUGCUCAGCCGCAGAAUUUGUUAAUAAAUACUUUGAUAGACGAUCCAUGGACCCAAGCAAUCAAAGAUCAUUUGCGCGACAGGGAUUAUGUCAAUAUAAAGUCCAUUCGUCUGCAGGGGCUUUUGCUUGUUGUUUUCGCCUUGCGAAGGCAUAUUUUGAACAUAAAAGAUGUCGAGUCUAACUACACAAGGACCGGAUUUUCGGGAAAGUGGGGUAACAAAGGGGCUGUCAGUGUGAGAUUAAAUAUAUAUGGAUGUUCGUUUUGUUUUGUAAAUUCACAUUUAACUGCUCACGAUGAAAACUGCAAGUCAAGAAUUCAGGAUUACAAUAAAAUUAUUGAAGAUCAAAAGUUUCAUGUGGCUGGAACUAAAACUAUUUUAAGUCAUGAUUACGUCUUUUGGAUGGGCGAUUUGAACUUCCGCUUGCUCAUGGAAUACGAGCAUAGCCCGGAGGAAAUUGAAAGGGAAGUCGAGAAGAAGGAAUUAAAGAAACUUUUGGAAAAUGAUCAAUUAAAGUUUGUUAUGGAUGAUGGUACAGCUUUCCACGAAUUGACUGAGAAACAACCGGAUUUUCCACCGACAUUUAAAUAUGAAGUGGGAACUUCAAAUUAUGAUCACAAGAGACGUCCAGCUUGGUGCGACAGGAUUUUGCACCGCGUAAAUGCUAAAAAUUACGAAAACGUCACUUUAAGUGUGGAUCAACUUUCAUACAGGUCCCAUCCUAUGUACACAUUAAGUGAUCAUAAGCCUGUAUCGGCAGAAUUUUUAAUAAAAGUAUUUUCAGAUUACAAUGAAAGUAUGAUUUCGUUCGACCACGUGGCAACAUGGGACGGCGAUUCGGACAAUAAAGUCACUUACUCCAUCAGUAAAGAUUUUGAUGUAGAAGCAAAAGACUGGAUAGCCGUUUUCAAGGACGGAUUCACCGGUCUGGACGAGUACGUGACGUACGAGUACAUGAGGAAGUGCAGCAAUCCGAUCGAGGAGAUAGACGGGGCGUGGAAAUACGAGGCCACGUUUUCGAAUCCGAGCAAAUGCGACUCAUAUCGCCUCGUUUACUUCAGCCACAACAAAUACGAUGUGACCCGCGUGAUGGCCAUCAGCAACGUGUUUUCCAUCGUUAAGAAUUAAAGUGAUUAAGCUUGCGGCUUUUGAGGUCUAGGUGAAUUUUUAGGGAUUUAUAAAAAAAGGGUAUGCGAAAAAUUUCACACUUUUUCUGUUUAAGUACACGUUUUUAUGGACUCACAAAUUUUCUUUAAUUUUGGUAAUUUGUAAAAUAGUCUAUAUCUUCUGAUUUUAUGUAUGGAAACGCUUUUAGGUCAAUAAAAUACAUUUUUACGAAAAAAUUGAAAUUAAAAUACUGUUGGUAAAAAAUUACCCGAAAUCCUUAAUCCAAAUUUUAUCGUAAAUAUAAAAUUUAUAUUUAUAAAACCGCUUUAGUAGUUAAAAGUGAGAAGAUAUCGACCUUUUAAUUAAUUCACAAAAUUAAAGCAACUUUCUAAGCGAUAACAUACAAAAAAAUUGUGUCGUUUAUUUAUUGAUUUUUUAUAUAAAUAAUUUAAUAUCUGAUAUGCCUAAACUACUAACCCAAGGUGACUGAGCUAAAACAUGGUUAUUUUUUUUUUAAUUAAUUUUUUCUAUGCAUUUGUUGAAAAUUUUAGAUAUUUAUUGCACUUAAGUUCAAAAGUUAAAUUAGUAUUAAUCGAAUUGUUUUAUGAAAAUUUCUCAAAGAAGGAGCACCAAAAACCAUCAAAAACUACGUUUACAGUCUGUAGCAGGUAGAGUUUUCAAGCGUCAAAUAAAAAACGAAAAAUUGAAAAAAAUACACACAUUUUAAUGAAAGGAGCAUUUUUUGUUAUUUCCAAAUUUUAAGCUGCAACUUCUUUAAAAUUAAGUCAGAAAACAAACUGCAAACGCAGUGUUUCAUGAUUUUUACCCCCUAUAUGACAUUUAUUUGGGCAAAAAAUUUAAUUGUUGUACAGCGUUAUUAAGAAACUUGGCAACGCUGUGUGCCUGAUAGGAUGAUAUUUAUGAUUUACAGAUGCAUUUUCUGACAUAAAAAAAGUUGUCCAUCAUUUUAUCUAAAUCUUGAAAUAACGACAUUUCUAGUUUUUGUGAUUUCUAAAAAACAUAUUUUUAAAUUUUCUUGAUUGUGCAGCCAAAAAUGGUGGAUAUUAAUUUUAUUUAUUUGCCCUUGUUUUUUUAUUUAAAGAGCUACAAGGUUGGUUAAAUUAAAGAAAAGUUGGAAUAAAGCGGUUCUCAAAUAAUUAAAAAAAACUGAAAACCUGUCAAAACCAAAAAUCCUUAUAGAUUCUUUAUUUCUGAAAAUUUUUAAACAUAAGUAACUUUUACAUGUAAACUGCAAUUUUUUUAUGUUGGAGAAUUGGAUGAAAAUGAAGAUAAAUGUACAACUUACUGUUUUCAAAAUUCCCAGGAAUUACGAAGUUUUAACGAUUUUCGGUUUCGACAGGUUUUCAGUUUCAAACAUUUUGACAACCUCUGUUUUUUGCAAUUUUUAACUUUUCUUUGAUAUAACCGACCUUAUAACUCUUCAAAUAAAAAAAUACCCAUAUCUAUACACAUAGAUGUUACUCUGAAACACGCUUUAUUUUACAAUAUUUAUAGAAAUAAAACACUACUUUUUUUUACUGACAUUUAAGGUUUUAAGAUAUUAUAUUGAUUUUUAAAAGCUAAUUCGAUUUUGUUCAAAUUUAAUAUUAAUAGAUUUUGCUGUGGUUUACACUGUUUUCUUAGAAUAUAAUAAUACUUUUACAUCACUUUUUGUAUACUUAUACUUUGGAAUUUCACAGAAAAAUAUUUUAAUUUAGAGGUUUCAAAAUUAUUAUAGGUCACUAAAAAUACAAUUUAUAAUACUACUCAAUAUUUUAAAACCACAAUUUUCUCAAUUUGUUAGGAUGAACAUUUCAUAUGACUUAUGGUUAUGGCUUAUGACAAGAUUCCUUAAUAACAUUUUAUAAACCUUAGGAUCAACUUAAAGCAGUAUUGUCUAUUUAUACACUUAACUAAUAAAUUAUAUUUUUAUAUAUAGGUACGAUUUAAACGUACCUGUAGUAUAAAUAUUGUUUGUAUAUGGUGACUAUUUUUUGUUAGAUGUUUUAAUUGCAAUAUUUUGUUAUUUAGUUUUAAUAAAUAAUAAUACUGAUUAUUUUUCGUAAAUUGUUAAAUUUAAAGCGUACGGUGAAAAGUAUUAACAUUUGUUUUAAAUGAAUUUUAUAACAAUAGUCUGAUAGUUCAAAAUAUCUUUUAGAAUGAUAAAAAUAUAUUAUAUAUACAUAUAAAAAUUUGGUUAAAAAAAUAUAGAAAUAUAAAUAUUUCAUUAAAUGAUAUAAUGGUUAAAAUAUAUUUAUUCUCUUAUGCAAUUAUUGUUUUAUUUCCUAUAUAACGGGUAAAUAAAAGACACAUUUGUUCAAAAUAAUACAAAAGAGACAUAUGUCCUUAUAUUAUUAAACUAAUAACACAACAUAAAUACAUUUGGUACAAACUUAAAAUAGCUGACUUAGGAUACUCAAUUAGUUAAAUUAUCUGUGUUGUUCAGUUCUGUAAAAGCAGUGGUGGUAAUUUGUAGUUUCUCCAGUUCCUUGUAAGCAUCUUGAAGCGAAUUUGUCCUCUCCCUUUUUCUGGGGAACAAAAGUUUCAGUAACUCUUUUUGCACUAUACGACUGAAGCAAAAUAUAGACGCUACUAUGAGGCCUUCCGCUGCUAUUAUUGUAUGAAACGCUACUCCCAAAUUUGUUGCUAGUCCUUUUUUGUUGAGGUAAGAAUUUACUAGAGGUAUCACCAUUAUGACUGCCAGAAUGAACUGAGAUCUCCAUCUAUAACAAAAAUAAUUAUUUACCAAAUGCAUUUGGUAUAAACCUUUAGGCUGUAAGACAA